GGGAGCAUACAUCAGCUGCUUCAUGGAGUCGUACAAGGCUUAGACAGCUUACAGCAGCAUGUUUUAGCUGGAAGCUCCUGGCACUUGGUUUGAAUCUGCUCAACUGCAGUGCAAGUUGCAUUGUUCCUCAUUUUUUCCAGAUGAUAUGAAGAUAGUGGUGCUGAGCUAUGAGAAUAUGCGCCUGAACGUCCCCUACACCAAGGAAAUAGUGCAGUGCUGUUUGGAGGAGACCUUGCAAUACUUCUACCGCAUCCUCACAAACAGGGAAGACACGGACUUCACGUUAAAGGAUGUUGGCACUCUUGCUAUUCGAGGGCAAAGAGUGAAAAUGACAUUUUCUGAAGAGUUUUUACACAGUCUCAACAAGUCCACAUACGUGGUAGAGAAGCUGGUUGCUAAAAAGUUGGUCAGACUGGACAAAGAAACUGCCCUCUUUCCAAGCCAUUUUGGCCGUGCCCACCUGUUCCCUCAGUUUGAGAUUAAGGCGGUACCUCGGCUUGCUAGGAAGCAUCCUGCAGAGGAAGAGCCACUUCAUGCACAAG